GUCUCCGGGGAGGAGGAGAGCGGCGGGCGCCGGAGCGCCGAGAGCUCCCCCUGCUGCGGGAGCCUGAGAGGGCCUGCGGCGGGCGCCCUGGACGAGGAGGGCCCCGCCCUGCGCCGCCCCUCCGGCCUGCUGCCUCCUGGUUGCGCGCCCAGAGCCCGACUUCUGGUUCCCGGCACCCCUCCUCCAGGCUCCUUUGUCCCGUCUGUCCCCCGAGCCGCCCCGAAGGUGCCCACCCUACUCUUUUGAUUCCAUCCGCAGCAUGCCGGACGUCGAGGAGAACGUGCCUCUGAAGAACCCAGGCGAUGCAGAGUGCGGGUCCUGCAAGCCCGAAGCCUCAGCACCGACCGGGGAAAACCAGAGCCGCCCCGAGGCCCACGUUCCCUGUCCAAUAGAAAUAGUUGACAACGUUUCUAAGCUGAACAACAAGAUUGGAAUGAAUCGUGAUUUCCACAUGGAAGAAAAGGUUUUACCUCCAAGCAGCUUGGAAGGCAAGGUCAAGGAAACAAUGCAUAAUGCCUUUUGGGACCAUCUUAAAGAACAGUUGUCAGCUACUCCCCCAGACUUCAGUUGUGCUCUUGAACUUUUGAAAGAAAGUAAAGAGAUCUUGCUCUCGCUGCUGUUACCACGCCAGAACCGCCUAAGAAGUGAGAUUGAGGAGGUGCUGGACACAGAACUCCUCAAGCAGAAGGCGGAACGUGGGGCUCUGAAUGUCCCGCACCUCUCUAAGUAUAUCCUCGACAUGAUGACUUUGCUGUGCGCGCCAGUUCGAGACGAAGCAGUGCAGAAACUGGAGAACAUUACGGACCCUGUUUGGUUACUGAGGGGGAUUUUCCAAGUCCUGGGCCUGAUGAAAAUGGACAUGGUGAACUAUACCAUCCAGAGCCUUCAACCCCACCUGCGGGAACAUUCCAUCCAGCGUGAACGGGCUACAUUCCAGGAACUCCUCAAUAAGCAGCCAAGCCUCCUCAAUCACACCACCAAGUGGCUGACCCAGGCUGCGGCAGACCUCACCACGCCGCUUCCGACUUGCCCUGACACUUCCGACUCCGCCAGUGUGGUCAGCUCCUCUCCGAGCGAGGCGGCCAUCAGCCCAGAGCCCCUCAGCCUGACAAUGGUGCUGUCCCAGGGCUUCCUGAACCUCCUUCUCUGGGACCCUGAAGACGAGGAUUUCCCUGAGACCCUGCUGGCGGACAGAACGCGGCUGCAGGAGCUCGAGUCCCAGCUGCGCCAGCUCACCUUCCUGGCCUCAGUCCUGCUGGUGGCCGGUAGUUUCUCUGGCAGCGUGCUGUUUGGCUCGCCCCAGUUUGUGGAUAAGCUAAAGCGGAUAACCAAAGACCUGAUGGAGGAGUUCAAGUCCAGGCCUGAGGAGGCUAUGCAGACUGUGAGUGAGCAGGUGUCUCAGGAAAUCCAUCAAGGCCUCAAGAACAUGGGCCUUGCCGCGCUGAGCAGUGAAAACAUGGCGUCUCUGAUGGGACAGCUCCGGAACAUUGCCAAGAAGGAGAACUGUGUCCGUAGUGUCAUUGAUCAGCGGAUCCAUUUGUUUCUCAAAUGCUGUUUGGUCCUUGGUGUUCAGCGGUCUCUGUUAGAUCUCCCCGGAGGCCUUACCGUCAUUGAAGCAGAACUGGCGGAACUGGGCCAGAAGUUUGUCAGCCUGACACACCACAAUCAGAAGGUGUUUGGCCCCUACUACACGGAGAUCCUAAAAGCCCUCCUCCCUCCGGCCCAGGCACUAGAAACAGAAGUGGAAUCUCUCUGAUAGCACCGGCUCAGCGCCCUGGCGCCUUGGGCCCAGGAGAACUCCUCACCACUUUCUGGGGGUGACAUCCGCACCGACCCCAGAGCAGGAAGCCCCCUUCCCCUCCUGCAGCCAGGGCACCAGGGCUGCGGGAGCAGCAUGUAAACACCAGCUGGCCCACACUUGUUCACUAAUAAACUUCUGACCUGCAGGGAAACCUCCA